CUACCUCUUGGAAGGGGGAGUGGCUACCCUACAUAGAUUCCCCGUCCUUCUUUUGUUUCGAUUAUUUGAUCGUCUAGCAAGAACCAGACCGGUCUGGCUUGACGCUCAUAGCGGAUCGUUGAAGUCGUCUCUCACAUUUCUCUCUUCCUUUCCGUGCAGGCCUACGUGCGAGUGCGAACGUGACAUCCACUAAAAUAGAACAUUCGUUCUCUCAAGAGACUCAACGUAAGACGUACAACUAUUCUUCCUUUAACGGUUUUGCAGAAUGUGUCCCCUGUGGCCUUUGCACAUUAUCCUGCUUUACGUGCUGUGUGUGGCUCCGCUGUUAUUGAUGGCUCAGCACGUCCACGUCGCUCAAUCGCAUCAGCAGCUCAAAGAAUUGAAAGUGGCAUUCGCUCCGGAAAUGAGCGAAAAGAUGACAGAAGGCGACAGCAAAAUGAUUGAAUUCCAAUUGGGCAACAUGCAGGAUUUCGACGACAGAUUUCUGGAGGUGGAAGUCAAGUCUAUUCAUCCGGAGAUAGCCAGCAUUCAAUACGUGGGCAAUUCAAACGAUUUCUCGCCCAAUACCAACUGGACUGGCAGUUUCAACUUAACGGCUAAAUUUCUGGGUUAUUCGCAAAUAGUCGUCAAGUUGUGGGGAAACAUUUCCACCAACAACCAGACCAAAGACAGAGAACUUGUUGCACAAUCUCAACUGGGAAAAGUGGCUGUCGUUCGUCACCCAAGGGCCAUCGACAAAGCUUUCAUUUACACCAUAGCAAUUUUGGUGUCGGUGGCUUUCAUCAAUAUGGGCUGCCUGUUGGAUUUGGAGAUUGUCAAGGCGACUCUGAAGAAACCCAUUGGACCAGUUAUUGGCUUUUGCUGUCAAUACCUUUUCAUGCCCUUGUGUGCUUUCGGACUUGCCAAACUCCUUUUAGCCGACAAUGUAGCGCUUCAGCUGGGAUUGUUUGUUACCGGAUGCAGCCCCGGAGGUGGAGGAUCUAAUUUGUGGACCUACAUCCUUGGCGGAAAUAUUCAUCUGAGCGUCACGAUGACUUUCCUUAGUACUCUGGCAGCAUUUGCGAUGAUGCCGUUCUGGACCAUGACACUUGGCCGUUUAAUUUUUGCCGAUGGACAUAUCGUUGUUCCUUACCGCAAUAUCGCUACGUUAGCGGGUGGGCUAGUGAUUCCAUUAAUGAUUGGCUUAGCGAUUCGCCGCUUUGCACCCAAGGUCGCAUGUGUUUUAGCCCGGACACUGAAACCACUUGCUGGAAUAUUCGUUUGUGUCAUUGCUAUUUUUGGCAUUUACACCAAUUUAUACAUGUUCAAACUAUUAGACACCAAGGUGUUCUUAUCCUCUUCAUGUUUGGUGCUCCUUGGCUACGCUUUUGGUGGCACAAUAGCCGCUAUUAUGCGUCAGUCUUGGCCUGAUGCCCUCACUAUUGCCAUCGAAACAGGUAUCCAGAACACUGGAAUUGCCAUUUUCAUUUUGCGCGUUACUCUGGAACAACCCGAGGCCGACAUCAACACGGUAGUUCCUGUCGCAGUUGCCAUAAUGACUCCGAUCCCGCUAGUCAUAUUGUGGGUAUUGCAGAAGUGUGUGUUAUCACGCUUCGGAAUAUGUGUAAACAAAAGCUCAGAGUUGAAUACCUGUCCGGUCACGCACUUGGAAGCUGGACAGCAAAUCGACGGCAGUGGUGAGAAAUUUCUCCCACUUGACAAUGAUGUACCUGCGAAUGCCUAUGGGACGGCGACGGCCAGUUAAUAAUCAAAUUAGAAUUUUCUUUAGCGUUGCUUGUAGUUUAGUAGAUGUUAAGUUUCACAAAUGCCAUCAGCAUCCGGUAGGAUUUACCGUCUCAAUUUGAUGUUAGGGUUUUCAUUGGGAGUUCAGAUAUAUGUACAUCAAUUCACAAUAAAUUGGUUGGUGUAUUGUG